UGCGAGUCAUUCCCCGCUGCUCUGCUCUGAGAUGCUAUCUGUUUAAUCGGCGCACGUAUGCGCAGAGAUUUGCACAGCGAAAAUGCCUUUGGCCAGAGACCUUCUCAACCCGUCACUUGACCAUGAGAGACGACAACAUAAAAAGAAAAGACUUGUUCAGAGUCCCAACUCCUACUUUAUGGACGUGAAAUGCCCAGGCUGCUACAAGAUCACCACUGUGUUCAGUCAUGCACAGACUGUGGUACUUUGUGUGGGAUGCUCAACAGUGCUGUGCCAGCCCAAAGGAGGAAAGGCCAGACUAACAGAGGGUUGCUCUUUUAGGAGGAAGCAACAUUAGAUGGACAUUGGAAACUUAAUGACUGAAUUUAAGCAGUGCCUUUUUAUAAAUCUUUCCAUUGAUUAAAUGGUGUCCAAUGACUAGUUAUCAUACAAAUUUUAACUUGUAGACAAAAAAAAUUACUGGCAGAAUUUAAUACGCAAAUCUCAGUAAAUAAAGACAGCAAUAAAAAA